GCGUCGCUACUUCGGUUCCUUCGUGGCUGUUCGACUUCGCUGUUUCGACGGCUUUCCCUUCCUGUCGGGUCGGAAGUUACGACAUUCUGAUCGGAAGCAGCAACGGGAGCUCGCUGGCUGUGAAGGUUCUCCCUUUCGCACGUUUCUUCUGCCAAAUCCCAUAAAUCCGCCGAACCGAGGGAUUUAGUAAAUCCGGGAUUCAAGCCGUAAAUCCUUAAAUCCGGGAUUUACCCAUCGCCGGGUUUAACGAGCGCACAAAACCGUUUGGCUGGAUUUAGCGCAAAUCAGACUUAAAUCCCGCUAAUGUAUUGGAGGUGGGCUCUGAGGAUUCUGAGCUCAAGAGCGAGCCUCAAUGGUGGGAGUGUCCAGAGAUUCGAUUGCACAGCUCGUUCUGGGUCAAUUUUUGGUAGAUAUUCUACUAUUACAUGCCCAAAGUCAGUGUUAGGUUUCAGAGAAACUUAUUUUUCGGGUUCACAUGGCUUGCAUGACAUCAGAUAUCAAGUUCAUCAAGAAAAGACUUCAGCAGAUGAGGAACCACUGGACCCAUUUUCGCUUGUUUCAGAUGAAUUGUCAGUUAUUGCAAACAGAUUAAGGUCUAUGGUAGUUGCUGAGGUACCAAAGCUGGCUCAAGCUGCUGAAUACUUUUUCAAAAUUGGAGUCGAGGGGAAAAGAUUCAGACCUACAGUCUUGUUGCUGAUGGCUAAGGCUUUGUAUAUGCCAAUACCACAACCAACAGUUGAUGGAGUGUUUAGUAGCUUAAAGAAGGAGCUGGAUUUGAGGCAACAGCGUAUUGCAGAGAUAACUGAGAUGAUUCACGUAGCAAGCCUUCUUCAUGAUGAUGUCUUGGAUGAUGCAGAAACAAGACGUGGUAUUGGUUCGUUAAAUAUGGUGAUGGGGAAUAAGUUGUCUGUGCUAGCUGGAGACUUUUUGCUUUCAAGAGCUUGUGUUGCACUUGCAAAACUAAAGAAUACAGAGGUUGUAUCUUUAUUGGCAACUGUUGUGGAACACCUUGUGAACGGUGAAACAAUGCAAAUGACAACGUCGUUUGAGCAACGGCGUAGCAUGGAGUAUUACUUGCAGAAGACAUUCUAUAAGACAGCUUCGUUGAUUGCAAAUAGUUGCAAGGCCAUCGCUCUGCUUGCAGGCCAAACUGCAGAAGUGGCACUGCUUGCUUAUAAUUAUGGUAGAAAUUUGGGCAUGGCAUAUCAGUUGAUUGAUGAUGUCCUUGAUUUCACGGGUACAUCAAGUUCACUUGGAAAGGGCUCAUUGUCUGACAUUAAACAAAAUAUUGUAACAGCUCCUAUUUUAUUUGCAAUGGAGGAGUAUCCUCAGCUGAGAGAAGUUGUUGAUCGAGGGUUUGGCAAUCGCUCAGAUGUUGACCUUGCACUUGACUACCUUUUCAAGAGUAAAGGACUUGAGAGGACUCGAGAGCUAGCCGCAGAACAUGCUGAUGAGGCUGUAAAAGCUAUUGAGGCCCUUCCUCAUAGUGAUGAUGAGGAUGUCAUAAAAUCAAGACGGGCUCUUGUCGAUCUUACUCGCGAGGUCAUGACACGAACCAAGUGAAGCCUCCGCCGCUUCAUUCGAGUAAAAUUAUUCCCCUGUAGAUCGACUCUUGCCAAAAAUGUUUUAGAUUCUUUCUGAUAAGUUUUAGCAUCUAGUUGUAGGGAAGAAAUGUUGUUCAAAAUAACCUUGAAUUAUCAAAGCUCUUAUGAUUACUUCUUGUAAGUCACAGCACCAUUCUGUGAUAAGCUUAAACAAAUGCUUUGAACUCCUGUUAAAGUGUAGUUAUUAAUCCAAUAAUUUAUCAUUCAUGAUGAUCAUUA